AGCUGUGCAAUAUUUGAUCGCUCCCAAGAAAAUGUUUAAAUACUUAAAUGCUGGCUUUGAAAUAAUUUCCAAUGCAAUGCGUGCCAAUGCAUAUGAAAUUAUUUUUUCUGUAGGUGCAAUUACCGCUUCAAUUAUAAUUUCAAUGUACUGUAAGGAGACGAUUGUGGUUAAGGUUAGGAAUUCUAAAAACUGGAUAAUAGAUAAAGCGUACCGUUGUAUUACAAGAUCUGAGAGGGUCAAUGACAUUAAUGUGGACACGGAGAAAGCGUCAGUUGCAACUUUUGUUGUUCCACAGCAGAUUAGCUUCACAGACGUUGACAAGUUGAACGCCGCAUACGAAGGACGGUGUACCAGAAGGGUAUGGAAGGUGUGGAAGAUUACUCGGGAAAAACAUAUACCAUUCAAAAAAAUUAGGCCGGUUUCAGAAAUGUAUCCGAGAACCCUAAUUUCUAAGGAUAAAAUCUCGAACAUGAUUAUAGCUUUGCAAGAAGAAAAAAUGCAGAGCAGCGAGACCAAAAAAAUAAUUGAAAUGUUAAAGAAAAUUGAUGCUUAUGGAAGUUUUCUUUCGAAAACUGAUGGCAAACGAGGAAACAUAUUAAACUUAUCUGCAUCUGAACGUAUAAAGACCAUAUAAUUAGCAUUAAUCAAUUUAAUCAAUUUAUAAUUUAUUUAUUUCAUUUUACAUUUAUAAAUAAAUAUACUCUGUUAUAUCAUGAUUUGGAUGUUCAAUAUUCAGUGGUGCCAAAUUUACUACAUACUUAUUUAGAGUGUUAUAAGAUAUUUUAUGGAUUUUUUAUACUUUUAUUUUCGAAAUGACAUUUGAAUACAUCUGAAAACAAUUGAGUCAUGUUGUCAAAUAUCAGUCAAACAAUUUGGCAGUAAAAUGCAGAAGAUUUUGGUAGGUUGCUUCAAAUAUGUCCUUGAGAAAAUCGACUUACAUUUAUGCUCAACCAUAUUCAAUGAAAUUGUCGUUCCUGGUAUAUUUCUAAUAUCCGUCGGCUUGAUGUAUCAAUUUUUGGGCAACGAGCAGUGGCAAAGAUGGGUGUUGGAAAAGCUAGGUAUCCCUUGGGAUGAAGUUGAUGAUGGAGGAUUAUUUGGGCAACCUUCCGACGAGUUACCAGUUAAACGUAGACUGAACUUCGUCAGAUCCAAAAAUAGGAAGAUGUUCGCACAACUUUUAACUAAUACUUUAAAGGUGAGGAACAUGAUUAGAAAAGGACAUAACCGUACCAAAGAUAUAAAAAAGCACGUUAGGCCAAUGACCAAAAUCUUAAUUCAGAAACAAUAUUCUCAGAAGACAAUAUUGAAAAUAAUUUCCGUUUUGGUAUAUAAAGAAAUGCCGAAAAAACAACUUUUAAAAAUUAUUGGAUAUGUAGUAUCAUCCAGAGGAAGAUCUCUAGCAUCUAGAAUUCGCAGAGAAAAUACCCGUUGCAAAGAGAUCUUUGAUAAAUUAUUUCGCUGAUUAAUUUUGGAUAUAAAUAUACAAUUACCCUUUAUGUAAAAUUUAUAUGUGUAAUGUAGUUUCAUUAAUAAAUGUUUUUAAAUACA